UUUUUAUUAAGAUAAAAUCAAAAAAAUCUAAUCCAAAAAAGUUGUUAAUUAUUUAAUUAACGUCAUGGAUGCGCUUCGUUUGAUGGGAGGGGCGGCUGGGCCGAAUCCCGAAGAAAUUGAACGGCUUCUGAUGUGUCCAAUAUGUCUUGAAAUCUACACCAAGCCCGUUGUUAUUCUCCCCUGCCAGCAUAACUUGUGCAGGAAAUGCGCCAACGAUGUGUUUCAGAACAGGGGAACUCCCAUGGGGUCGGGCGGGAGAUUCAGGUGUCCUACGUGUCGUUACGAAGUUGUAUUGGACCGACAUGGAGUCUACGGCUUGCAGAGAAACCUACUUGUUGAGAAUAUUAUUGACAUGUAUCAAACAGAAGGGAGAAAACCAACUUUCAAAACUUCAGAGGUUGUAAUGUGCGACCAACAUGAAGAAGAGAAAGUGAAUAUUUACUGCGUGACUUGUCAGAAACCAACGUGUUCUCUGUGCAAAGUAUUUGGGGACCAUCAGACGUGUAAUGUCUCGCCUAUGGAGAAAAUAUACAAGGAACAAAAGAGUGAAAUAUCUGACUCUAUAGCACUCCUAGUGGCAGGAAAUGAUCGUCUUCAAGCAAUUAUUUCACAAACAGAAGAGCUUGGAAAAAUGGCCGAAUGUAACGGUCGUAAAGUGAAAAGUGAUUUAUGCGCUGCGUUUGACAAACUUUACGCCGUGUUGGAGCAACGUAAGACUGAUAUGAUGAAUCGAAUAACUUCUGAUGUUCAAGAAAGAAGUCAGGUUAUAAAAGAAAUGUUAAAAUCUUACGGUCUUCAACUUGAGUCAGCAAGCAAGUUAAUGGAAGCUUCACUUGCGUUGGUUGAGGAACGAAGCGUUCCUGUGUUUCUUACACAAGCGAGGGAGACAAUUAAUAAAAUCAAAGCCACAAGUCGAGACUCCGAGGUCAGGAAGCCUCCGUUUAAAAUACAAGACAUGGACGAGUUCACCGUUGAUUUCAACAAUCACGAAACUGCGCUUUAUAAACUUGACUUCUCAGCUUUGCAGGUUUGUGACGCAACAACGAACGAUAAUAACGAAACAAACGAUGAUGAAACCGCCAACCAAUCAGAAGGCGCCACAUCAAACACAGCUGACAACGAUGACGAUUCAGAAGAGGAGUAUGACGUCACAGUGGAAGAUGACGUGGGCGAUUCUGACGCAACAUCUGUGACGUCACGAAGUGACGUAGGCAGCAGCUACAGCGGAGCAAGAUCUAACAAUGAAGCAACCGGUCGCAGCCAAUCACCUUCAAGCUCACGUAACAACGGUUCGUCAAGUGGCGCCACAGAGUCGAGUGAAGCAAGACGGCCACUAGAGGAGAGGCCUGUUAAGCGUGGACGAUGGUACGACAUGUAUGUACGACAGUUACCCGUGACCUUUGAUAUGACCGAGUCAACGACCUUAAGUAACCCCACAACAGUAAGGUCAGAAUUAGAACUAGUUGUUGGUUCCCCGAAAAAAGAUCACGAAGAUGCGAAAAUGGACGACGAUGAUGAUUGUGACGUAUUAAAGAAGAAAUUAGAAGAAGAUUGUGACGAAAAGAAUGAAGAUUGUCGUCAAAUGUCUGCAAUGGAAGCGUAUAGGCGUGGGCGCCAUCUAACGGCGAAUAGAUACCGUUCACCAGAGCCCCCGCAAACUUAUCGUUCAUUAAGAUAUUCGAGCGACGAAUCAGACGGUGAAGUCGCGAACAUCCGUCUUCCAUUAUCGUUUCAAACUUCACCUGGUGAGUCGUUUGAUUCGUCACCCCGGUCUUCCCCUAUCUUGAGAAGGCAGAGGAACGUACAAGGGACUUCCCCUACACGGAGAAGGCCAAGGCUGUAUGGGUCCCACAGACGACGCACGUGGUCCCAUUUGCUGGACAAAAAAUGAACAGAAAACAUGUUUUCUGUGCUGGACUGUGAAAUUUAAUCGGAAAUGGUAUUUUUAUUUUUUUAUGGAAUUUUCGAUUUUUAUCGAAUAUUUUGGAUUUGUGGAUUUUUAUCUAGAUUUUUCUUUUUUAUUGGAUUACGUCAUAAGACCAAGCCCAAUUGACGCUGUUUUGUAAUUAAGGUUUAUUUGAUACGGCGGUCGUCUCAGUUUAUACCAUGCUGCGGUUAAAAUGAAUGUAAUUUAUUUAUUCUCACAUGGCUGGGCAACGAGAGUCGUUAUAACACGGGUGUUCUGUUUCAUACACCUUGUGCCAGCUUACGAGUUACCACGUAUGUAACUUAUUUAUCCUCGCAUGGCGGGGCAACGACAGUCGUUUUAACACGGGUGUUCUGUUUCAUACACCUCGUGCUCGCUUACAAGUUACCACGUAUAUAACUUAUUUAUCCUCGCAUGGCGGGGCAACGACAGUCGUUAUAACACAGGUGUUCUGUUUCAUACACCUCGUGCCCGCUUACGAGUUACCACGUAUGUAACUUUGUGGUUGAUAACUAUUCGGGAUGUUUGUGUAAUAUUUCGUCUUGGCUGCUAUUGCGCAUGCGCAGAAAGUAGGACCAACUUUGCGACAUUUUUGUAAUAAUGGUCCAGGGAUUUUUAUAUGUCAGUGGUAUUGGGCAUUUUUGUAACUGCGUUAUGUUACGCAGGUACUUAUUUCAUGGCUAUAUUGGUUUGCGUAUGAUUUCCUUAUUGUUGGUGAAGAAGUAUUUUUACGCAGAGUGAAAAAGAUCGAUGGGAGUUCUAAUCACAAUUUGUUGUGAAUUGAUUAAUUUUGCUGGAGCUGUGCAUUAAACAACUUUUUAUGUUGA